AUUCCCCUUUAUUAAAGUAUUACAAAUGUUAUUGAUAUUAGGUAAUGAUUUGUGAGUCUAGCGAUUUAUUAGAGGAUUCUCUCAAAAUGCGCUGUAUGCUGAUCAAGAGACAAGAAAGAAGAGCAGACCCUGUUGUUUACUUUGUUUGCUUUUCCCGGGAUAUCCAGGACUCCCCAGCCCAGGAAACUACUACUAAUUUCUGCUGGAGCGCCUUCCUCACCGGUUGACUUACGGAUCGGCGUUAUAUAAGUGUAGUAGUUUGAUUGCAAGAGAGAAUGGGUCUUAACUACCUCAACCUCCUUACAUAUCACAGAAACUCCACCUAUCCUGUGAUCUACUGGUAUCGUGGGACAGCUUUUCAACUGGAACCACAUAAAGCAUCUUCUGAGGUGCUCACUGUACACAGUGAACUGGGUGCAAUUAUGGUCAUUCUUACUAUGGCUGCUAGAAUUAUGCAGUCCAUGGCUUCCAUAGCCAAUAAGAUGAUGAGCAAGAGACUGUGUUACUGGAAGCUACUUCCAGCAUUUGUUCUGAGACAGGUCCUCAAACAGUUAUUGUGUAUUUAUUGGUCAGUUUUAGGUGUUUUAUUAACACUGAAGAUGACUAAUGACAUUUUUUACAAGUCAUCAAAAAACAGAUUCCUUUGUAGUACAAAUGUUAACACCUGUAUGACACCUAUUAAGUGUCACUGCAGUUUUCUGGCAGCAGAAACUUCAGAAUACACCAGUUUGGAAGAAAGAGCGUUUGAGGAAAAUAAUAUGGAACCACUUGAUGAAGUUAAGCAUUUGGCUCUAGAAAGCCACAACAUGGAGAGGAGGCAGAGUGAAGAAUCACUCUUGCUGGACUGUAAGAGUCCAGUAAUUCUCUCAGUUUGUUUACCUUUGAAUAAUAAUACUCAAAGUAAAUCAGAAGAUUCAAAAGAAAGUAGGGAUUCUGAGGAAGACUUUUUAUUUAUCAAGGAUAUGUCAACUGAUAGCGGAAUGCAAGAAUGCUGGACCCCAAUUUCCAAGAGUGAAACAGAUUGUGGAGAAAGUGAUUGGUCUGAAGACUCUUGGGAUUCUGAAGAUGAUUCUGACUACAGCCAAGAGAAUGAAGAUUUAUGGGAAUCAUUUUGCCAAAAUAACGAUCCAUACAAUCCUCUUAACUUUGCCAUGCCCACAAAGAGUCCAAAAAAUUCAGUAGAAAGAAAGAUAACAAAAAUAGAGUGUUCAGAGAAAAAUCUUGAUGCAUGCCAGGAGAUUUCAUCUUGGCCUAGCUUCUCCGAAAACUAUGACCUUGAUAAAAUUAGUAGAGUCAAGUCUACUCCAAGAAAACCAAUCCUAUCAUCUUCAUUCUCAACGUUGCCUACACACAAAUGUGUAAUAACUUGCAAAGACAAAGAUGAACCAGAGGAAAAGUAUACUGAGAAGUCAAAUAAUCUGAGAUCUGAAUGCACUAAAAGAGUUAGUUUCUCUUCCACUGUUGUUGUGCAUUCAAUGGUGGCUUGGGACUACGCAUACAGAAAGGCUCGCAAAGGACCAUGGGAGGAGUAUGCAAGAGAUCGCUGCCGCUUCCAGAGGCGUAUUGCUGAAUCCCAAGCUUCAAUCAGCUAUUGUUUGGAACCCUUACACAGAGCAAAAGUCUGGAAGAAGCUUCACUCGAAGAAAAAUGAAUAGUGUACUGUAUAUGGACAUUAUACAUUAAUCUUUGAGAUUAAUACACAUUGCAGUAUUUUUCCCUAUCUCACUACUAAAUAGAAUGUAGACUAAAAGUGAAAAUACAGAACACUGCUAUAGUAUUUAUCCAAAAUUGCACUGGACCCUAAAAGGGGAUUGUAUUUAUUUUUAUUUAUGCUGUAUUUGUUUUAAAUGUUACGUGUAGCAAGGGUAUUACAAUCAAUGUAGCAGAUACAUGUGUUUGUGUAAAUAUAAUAUGAUUUUAUUUCAGUAUUGAGAUUAAACUGUGCCAAUACAGAAGCUUGGCUUCAUAACUGUUCACUCUCACAAUGUUUUGUGUUUGUAUAUUAAACAAGUAAAGACUGCUUUGAAGCCCCUCCAUUGAAUAGUAGUAGCAUAUUUGUCAUAUAUCCAAUUAGGGUUGCACCGAUACCUUUUUUUUUUUUUUUUUUUUUUUUUUUUUUUUUUUUUUUUUAAAUUGCAAAUACUCACCAAUACCAUAUUACCUAUAUUUUAUUUUUUAUUUUUUUUGACAGUUUACCAAGCACAAUACAGAUUAAUUAUUUAAGAUACCUUCUAUAUAAUUAUGAAGAACUAACUCAAAACACAGUAUGAAAUAAUAAAACAGUUUUAUUUGAUUGUCACAAAGUUCACAGAACAUGUUUAUAAAUAAAAAUAUUACAAUAUAUUAACCAUAAAUAACAAAUUUAAAAGUGCAAUACAGUAAAAAUCAUAAGUUUACUGUUUAAUCAUAGGGAACAACACUAAGGGCUAGAUUACAUUAGUCUAUGGAGUUGGAAAUGUGAACAGAGCAUUGGUAAAGCUUAAUCGCAUGUAAUCAAAAUCUAGUCCUAUAAUUGUAGGAUGAGUAUUCAUAGGCAUUAACUUAAUAUGUCCUAUGAACACUCUUCCUGCAAUUAUAUAAGCUAACUAAGGAUGUUCCUCGGAGUGCAGUAUGUUUGGAACAUAAUUGUGCAAGAUGAGAACCAGCAGUAUAACAGGCAAUUUAGCAAUUAGAAUAAUUUUUCGAAAGUUAGUGACAAGUUCUUAAGGAACAGAAGCAUCUCUGCAUGUUAAGCUAUACGUCGGUUUCUGCUAUCAGUAAGGACGUUUGACUCUAAGCUGAACAGUCCUUCAUUUUCCACACUACUGCAUGGGGCAGAAAGAUAUUUUUGUGCCAUUUUAGCCAGAGCUGGAAACCUCAGUUUAUUAACUGCCCAGUACUUCAGGGGUUUGUCUGAGCGAGGUACAGUGAUCUCCACUACAAUAAUACAAAUAAUGGCAAUUUGUAUUGGCAGAACAGAAGUGAACAAUUUUUAGUUUAGUCUCUUCAGCUUAAAAUUAAAUGGGAACAUGCAUUUUGAAAACGCCACAAGAUUGCAUAUGGGUAGAAAGUGGAGGUAUCUGUGCAUUUGUACAAGUACUCGUGCAAAUACUUGGUAUCGGCACCGAUACUAGUAUUGGUAUCGGUGCAACCCUAUAUCAAAUUUAUAAUACUAUCACAAGGACCCCACUACCCAAAAAUAUGUUCCUCUGCCCUUCAUAUGACCUUUGUAUACAGUCUUGACUACCAGUGAUUUGUCAUUGUGUAAAAUUUAAUUUGCCUUUUUACUUUUAUUAACUGCACUUUAUGUAUUUUAAUUACUUAGGAUACCCACUCAUGCCAAUCUGAUUUUAAGUUUUACAUGUUUACAACAAAAUUAUUUAAAUAUUGAUUUUACUUUUUAUUUAUAUAUUUUAUCAUUUCAAAAUAAACACUUUUUAUAAUCUUUAAUAA